UAUUUUCUUUAAUCGUACUCGUUCUUAUCAUCGUUCUUUUAUUCUUUGAUACGAGAAAGAAUUUAUAAACGACGGAAAAAAAACAAAUAUACGAACGACAAUACGAUCUUCCUUCGAUCUAUCAUUGAUUUAUCGACAUUUAAAUGAACGAGAGAGAAAAAGAGAAGAAACUUUAUUGAAUAAAUAAUACGAAGAACGGAGAGAGCAAAAAUAGAUAUAUAAUAGACAAAUAGACAGACUGACAGAUAGUUAGACAGACAGAUUGAUAGAUAAAUAUAUAUAAAUAAAUGAAGAAAGAUUUAUCUAUCUGAUUGAAAAAUAAAAGGAAAAAAAGAUAAUAAGAAGUAGGAAUAAGAGGGAGAAGAGGAAGAAGAAGAAGAGGAAGGGGGAAAAAGGAGAAGGAGAAGAAGCCCCCCAAAAAAAAAAAGAAAAGAAAGAAACAGAAAGAAAUUAAAUUCAAGCUGCGUUCUAGACGGUUCUCAUUAAUAGAAGGUCGUAUUAAGUGUAAAUACGUGUUUAGGAAGUUUCACGUUGGAGGCCUUCGCAUAUUCUUCAUUUAGCAUACUGAACGAGAAUAGUGUAGGAUUUUAAACGAUCGUACGUUUAAUACAGACGAUUGCAUCGAACGUUUGAUCAAUUAAUUGAUCGUUCAAUAAUAAAAAUAAAGUGAAACGAGUUCGUUUGUUCGUUCGUUCGUUCGUUCGUUCGUACGUUCUUUUUUCUCUCAUAAACAAUAUAUCUCUCAUAGUUACAGGAUAUUAUCGACAAGAGAAAAGUUUUUCAUUCGAAGUUAAUAGAGUGAUUUAAAAAAAAAAAAAAAAAAAUAAAAAAGAAAAUCACAACGACAAUGUCAUUUAUAAAAUUAAUCUACAACUUUCUAAGUUUUAUAUUUGUCUCGAUCAUGGCCAUACUCGAGAGUAUACUUAAAAUAUUUAUACCAUAUAAAUAUCAAAUGAAGGACAUAUCGGGCGAGAUUGCUCUAGUAACAGGCGGUGGUGGAGGAUUAGGAAGAUUGUUAGCAUUGAGAUUGGCUAAUCUUGGCGUUAUCGUUGUGAUAUGGGACAUCAAUCUGAAAGGUAUCGAAGAAACGGUGAAAUUGGUACAAGCCGCCGGUGGUACUUGUUACGGAUACGUUUGUGAUCUUUGCAAUCGCGAGGAUAUUUAUAAAAAGGCGGCUCUAAUUAGAGAGGAAGUUGGCAAGGUAACAAUCUUGAUAAACAAUGCCGGCGUAGUUAAUAUUAUGAAGUUCUUAGAAACUCCUGACAAUCUUCUCAUACGUACGAUGGAGGUUAAUAUAAUGAGUCAUUUUUGGACAGUGAAAGCCUUCCUCCCGGCUAUGAUGGAAAUUAAUAAAGGUCAUAUAGUCAGUAUAGCCAGUAUGGCCGGAUACGUUGGGAUUCCAAAAUUAGUUGAUUAUUGUACAUCAAAACAUGCAGCGGUUGGUUUCGAUGAAGCUUUACGAAUAGAACUGAAGUACGAGGGAUAUAAUAAUAUCAACACCACGGUCGUAUGCCCCUAUUUCCUUCGUAGUACAGGCAUGUUUGGCACCGGAUAUACCGGAUUUUUGUCUAAUCUAAGUCCAAAUGAAGUAGCAGAAAAGACUAUAACAUCGUUGAGAUGUAACGAAAAGUACAUUAUGAUACCGGGAUAUUUUCAAUUUGUUUUACCUUUCAAAUGGAUAUUCCCAUGGACAUGCAUCAGUAAGAUACUGCGUUGUAUAGUCAAAGAUAUUUCACCUAUGCACGAAUCAACGGUAGAGACAAAUGUGAUCAACAAUAGCAAUAACAAAAAUAUAAAUGUAAAGGAUCAGGAGGACGGUGCGAUACAUCAAAAAUUAACUAGGCAUAUUUCAAGUUCCGAAAGAAAACCAUAGAAAUUUGGAGUACGAUUAUUUCUCUCUUUCUCUCUUUCUCUCUCUUUGUUUCUUUUUUUUUUCUCUUAUGGAAAUUGUUAUAAACUGUUACGAAGACAUUUGCAAAGAGGUAUAUAACGUAAAAUAUUUUCCUAUGUAUAUGUAAUUAUUAAUGAAAUAAUAAUUACGAACAAUCUAAUAUUUUUUUCUUUUGUAAUUGAGAUGAAUAACGAACGAUGUAAGAUAUUCCUAUGAAAGUGAACUUUUGUUUUUGUGUUUAGCUAUCAAAAGCAUAACGCCAUAUCAAUUCGAUAACUUUUCUUUUCUUCGAGAUAUAAAUAUAUAUAUAUAUAUAUAUAUAUAUAUAUAUAUAUAUAUAUAUGUAUACAUAUAUAUAUAUAUACAGGAUGUAACAAAGUUAAUGCGACAAUGUAGAAAUGAGAAAUACGUAAAAAUGAAAAAAAAAGAAAAAAAGAAGAAUAUGCUUGAUUUCUCAAUUAUAAAUCUUCGUUAAGUAAGAUCUUAAUAAAUUCGAUUAUAC